CGCAACUCGAGUCAGGAAGUACGCGUUUCAUUUUCAUGUCGUGUUCGUUUCAGCGAGAAAACAUAAUUUGCUUGGUUAAAAAGAAACACAGUACAGCUGAAAAUGUCCGCUGAACCUGAGUUUACGCUUGGGAACGGUGACAGUUUGCACCAACAGGUUCUCGCCUCCUUCCCCCUGUGUGACAUCACAGAGGAGGAUCUGACCCAGAACCCUCAGUUCUGUAAACUCCUGACCACCCUGGCACAACAUGUGGACCAAACUGGACUCACUGUCCCACUGAAAACCGAGCUGGACAAGGCUGAGCAGAAGCUGCAGAGCCAGAGGCGUCACUGGCUGCGCUCCGAGAGCCUCCACACAGGACUGCAGGAGAUGAUCCAGGACCACAGUAUCAGGAAGCACCAUGCCACUGUACCCCCUGACCAGAACAUGUUCUAUGAGACGAUGGAGAAGUGUCUGCUGGUGGCUCAGUGUAUCAGACAGCUGGACCCCAGUAACACUACCAACCAGGACCAGCCGCCUGUUCUGGGUCUGAACUCUCAACAGGUGAUGGAGCUCCUGCCACCAGAGAAGAACGUUCAAAGAAUGAAACAGGGUCUCCCCAGAGAGCUGGAGAACCAUCUGAAGAAAAAGUGUUUGAGCCUCCUCUCUUACUAUCAGCCUGAAUGGGAGAAUGAUAGCGAGGGUCUGAAGAACACCAAGUUGUCUCAUCUGUCAGCCCAGCUGGACAAAGACAAGAAGAGAUCAGAGUGUCUGAAGGAGACCUGCCGGGAAAACACAGUUCUGCUUCAGAGACAGACUCAGCUCUACCUCUCCGAGCUGAUUAAGUGUAUACAGCUUCUCCAGUCUCUCAUCCUGGACCACAGACUGAGGAUCCAGACAGAUCUGGACGGGAAGAAAUUAGAGUACCUUGAGGGGAAAUGUGAAUUAGUCUUACAGAAGAUCAAGACAGAGAUUGUGGACAUUCAGCUGGACACGUACACAGCGGACUCAAUAUCUGCUCAUAGAAAAAUAAGAGAGAAGCUGGUGUCUGAGCUGAAGGCCUGUCAGGUGGAGAAGCAGUCUGUUGAGAUAAAACUGUCCUCCUUUGAGAUCUUGGGCAAAGAAUUUGGGCACUUGGCUGAGGAGUACUGCAGAUUACGGCAUGAGAUAGAACUGAAGAACUGGGCUCUGAAGGAGUUCACCCAGUACAAUAACAAGUGAAAAUCAUAUCUGACGGCGGGACAACAGCCAGCCGAUCCCUUCUUAUAGUGCGUCAUUCCUCACGAUGACAUGCUGGCUUUUGGACGCUUGACCCAGAGACUGUGUGGACUUUUGGUCUACGGGAACUAUGUAGCGUGUAUGUUAGUGAGUGCUCCCAUUAGAGCUCACAUAAGAAUGGUUUAAUUAACUAAAAUAAUUUCAGUCAAGCCUCUUCAGUGGAUUCUUUGUUUGCACCUGAACCCAUUUAGGCUUGUUUUGUGUUCAUUACUCUUACCUCAGCUAUCAAGACAGUAAAAUGUGCCAACGGUUGGGUGAGCAUGUAUAAUGCGAUAGAAAAUAAACUACAAUAAUGUCCCCAGGGUUCUGAAUAUGAGUAAGACCCUAUAUUUAUAUAACAUCUUUCUUUGAGCUGAUAUCUGUUCUCGCUGCAGUUGUGUGGUGGGAACAAUGUAUACAAGACAGGUCCACACACGUAAGCAACAUCCUUUCACAUAUGAUGGGUGUCGUGAAGAACAUCACGCUCAUCUUCUCCUUCCUUGGCACACAUUUUAUAGCCUAAAUUAAUAAAUAAAAAUAGUAAGUGCACUGA